ACUUGCAGAAAAUGACAAGCUGAGGGCUCAUUUACCCAUCUAAAUUCCAUUCACUGCCAACUCUGUCAAGAUGGAUGGGUGUAGAUUUGCUCACCUGCUGCAUCCAGUUACUACCCAAGAUCUAGUGAGGGAGUGGUUGAAAGAAGACACUCCAACUUUUGACUAUGCCGGAUUUGUUGUGGGGGAAAAAGUUGAAAAAGCUUGGCUUCUCUGCAAAAGUCCUGGGGUGCUUGCUGGCUCCCCAUUUUUCGAAGCAGUGUUUUCUGAACUCGGCUGCUCUAUACAAUGGUUCCAUUCCGAGGGAGAAACUCUGUCGCCAGUAUGCAAGGUCGCAGAAGUUACAGGGAAGGUGCGGAAUUUACUCCUUGGUGAACGAAUCGCUCUGAACUGUUUGACAAGAACAAGUGGUGUUGCUUCAUUUGCACGGGAAUUGAAAAUGGAAGCAGAGAGGUGCAACUGGCUUGGCGAAGUGGCCGGAACAAGGAAAACAACACCAGGCUUCCGAAUCCCUGAAAAAUAUGCACUUCUUGUUGGUGGAAUUUCCAUGCACCGUCAAGAUUUGUCUUCCAUGAUUAUGCUGAAAGAUAAUCACAUUUGGUCUGCUGGAAGUAUAACACAGGCUGUGAAAGAUGCAAAACAAGUGGGUGGCUUUUCUACCAAGAUUGAAGUUGAGUGCCGGAGUGUUGAGGCAGCAACUGAAGCAGCCAGAGCAGGUGCAGAUGUGGUCAUGCUUGAUAAUUUUGACACAAAGUCACUACACGAAGCAGCCCAGCAAGUCAAGGCACAGUUCCCCCACCUUAUUGUUGAAGCCAGUGGUGGAGUGACCCUGGAGACAAUCAAGGAAUACUUUGGUCCCCAUGUGGAUGUGAUCUCACUCAGUCUGACAACCCAGGGAUACAGCACGGUGGAUUUUUCAUUCAAAAUCCAGAAAGAAGGGGAAAAUCCUGAGAACCCUUUGGUUAUCAUGUAAAAUCAGUUCCUGGUUGAUGCUGUUCUUUGCAUUUGAUAUGCAGUAGAACCUCUCUGAAGGACACCCUUGGGACAAAAAAACACUGUCCUCAAUAUAGAGUUGGCCUGAUUACAGAGGUCAAUUCGAAUGGAAUCACCAAUUCUGGACCAAAAUUCACUAAGGGUGUCCUGCUAAUAGAGUUGUCCGAUAAGGAGGUUCAACUGUAUUUGCACAUUUUAUCCUCUUCAUGCACAAAAUAGGGUCUUGCACUUUUAUAUUUUACCAAGGUUGAUAACUACUGCCUGGGAUAAAGAUCACAAGUUGCAGCAAUGAAACUCACUUGUCUGCGGGGACGCUUAACCCUGUUGGAGUCUACAGUAGUACAAUAGUUGACUUUGGCGUAGUUGUGAACUUUGCACUUGAAAUUAUCUUUUUUAAGAGGUCAACUUCUAAAGAGUUAAAAUCGAAAAUAUUGUGGUAGGAUAAAGUGCACUUUUGUCUAUAAAAUGUGUUUUUACAUUUUCAUAUGAAUACAGUAUUAUUAUUGGGGCCACUCACUCAGUUAAUCUUCCAACUCAUGGAGCGUUUGAAUAAGACACCUGUUUGUCCUUAAGUUGUUCGAGGACAAUUGUCACAAUCAUGAAGACAGUUUGUCUUGCCAUUUAUUGAAUACCUCAGCAAAAUGAACAAGUGUUAUGACUGUUGCUUAAACCUACUUGAUACCGGUAUUUGAAACAGUUGUGGCGGAUGAGUGUUGUGCAAGUUGGAGAUUGUUGAGUUUUUCAAUGCACCAUGUAGAAUUUUACCUUCUACAUUGUGUUUGUUAGACAUUUCUUUGUCACCAUUGCUACAUGUAUAGCAGGGUACGAAAUUUGUUAUGCAUACUGUAUAUUAAUUUAGAAAGCUUCUUAAUAAAUCUUA